AUGGCUGCUUUCCUGACGGUUACUCUUCUUAUCAUCUUCCGAGGGGUUUUCUCUGCGCCGAAUCUUAUCCUUCCCAGCAACGUGACGCUGCCUGAAAAUGCCAUCCAAAGCACGCUGGUGGCCAAGAUGUCGGCGACGGCUCUCCCGUUCGAUUCAAUCGUUGGCGCCCCUUUUAUAGUCAAUUCUAACCCCGUGGUUCAUCCAUUCAUGAUCAUACCUAAAGGCGGAAAUACCUGGGAGUUAAUUCUCACAAGUUCUCCCCGGCUGGACUUUGAGAGGGUCCCUCUGUAUACCCUUCAAAUCAUCGUGGAGGACAGCAAAGGGACGUCUUCUACAAACACCAUUGUCAUUGAGAUCUCCAAAGUCAACAAGGCGCCGGUUUUCACAGGAACUCUGGCUGAAAACGAUGCGGAGGUGUAUAUCGCAGAAAACACGGCGGUCUCCGCGGUGAUUUACAGAGUGGGCGCCAAGGACCCCGAUAAUGAUGUUUUGCAGUUCUCCAUCACACCCAUGAACUCCGGGUUUGAGAUUGAUAACACGGGAGCCAUUUCGACCGCCGCCACGUUUGACUACGAAAGCCAUAUAAAAAGCUAUACAAUAACGGUAACCAUAAGCGAUGGCGUCCUCUCCGACUCCGCCAAUAUCAAGGUCUACAUAACCAACGUGAAUGACAAUGAGCCAUCUCUAACUUGCGAGUUUUCCAAUAUUACCAAAGCCGGUAUAACCAAACAGAGAAGAACAUCUGGAGACACCGUAGCCAUUGAACUGAAUGAGGAGCUUCGUGUCGGGACAGCGGUUAUCACCUGCGCAGCAUCGGAUGCCGACCUAAUGAAUGACCUCACGUUCCAGUUGGACCCCGCCAACAGCUACUUCUCCAUCCAUAAAGAGACCGGAACCGUGAUUAUCGUUUCGAGGAUGGACAGCGAAGAAGCCGGAUUUGUCAGCGUUCAGUCUUUUGGCGUUAAAGUGUGCGACGGUGACUUGAAAUGCUCCUCGAUAUCGACCACGGUGAUGGUCCUCCCGAUUAACGACAAUCCCCCGUAUUGCGCUCCGUAUUUUUACAGUUUUACCAAACCAGAACCCAUCACGAAGGAUACAGUGGUUGCCGUCUUAAAGUGUCACGACGCAGAUAUCCCACCGGACGUCUUGACUUAUCAGCCAAACAGCGGGCCACUAGGCGUUGACAAAUUAUUCCAGCAGAAACCAGGAGAUCCCCAUAUUAUACAGGCAAAUGGGGAUUUGGACUACGACUCGGAUCCUGUCUCUUCUCACCAAAUGAUGAUGUCGGUAUUUGAUUCACCAGACGCCCCUAACACGGUGACCACAACCAUAGUAGUAUCCGUGACUCCAGUAAAUGAUUUCGAUCCCGUGUUUGACCCACCUGCGUAUGCGUUUAAGGUGCCUGAGACAUCAGGAGCCAACUACGUCAUUGGCAAAGUAAGCGCUACAGAUAAAGACCGGCCGCACUGCGUCAGAUACAGAAUUCUUAACGGCAACACCGACGUUAUCAAUAGGUUUUGGGUAGAUCCGGCUUCUGGAACUCUAGAGCUAUUAACUCAGCCGGAUUAUGAAUCGCUCCCGUCCUACACACUAGUCGUCGAGGCUUCGGACUGCGACCUAAUAAAUCCCCGAAAGGCUCAGGCAACAGUCACCUUCGAUAUUAUAGAGGAGAAUGACGAGGCUCCGGAAUGCAGACCUUCAAGGUACACGGCUAUUAUCUAUGACAACGUGACAUCAGGAGUCAACAUUAACAACUUCAGACUGAACUGCAGAGACCGAGACUCCAAUGACACGUCCAUGCGCUUCGAAAUUGUUUCAGGGAAUAUAAACAAUCACUUCGCCUUUGAUCCCACGCAUGGAUCCCGCAGUCCCAAACUCAUCGUCAAAACACCUUUCGAUUUUGACAAUGGAGUCGACGUGCAACAAAGAUACAACCUCGUAGUCAAUAUUGUCGAUGACAACGUAAAAAACGGCAGGGUACAGAAGCCAAGGACAGGAACCGUCUUGAUUUCGAUCCGAGUGGUCCAGACCGAGACUCCUGCCCCAACUAACUAUUACCAAAGAAAAGGACUUACAAUAGUAAAUAAAGAUGUUAACACGUAUGACUCCAGUGCUUGGUACGUGCCGUUUGUCUUCACGCUCAUGGCCCUAUUGCUGGCCAGUUUGGCGGCCUGGGUCGGCUACCUGCUGUGGAAAUAUUCCAACCUGAAAGGUCUGUGUCAGAAAGCCAAGAAAAGGGUGAAGAGAUAUCACGCAGGUACCAAAAAGGAAAAGGUAGAAAUCUUUACAGAAACUACAACACUCGAGGCUGUAUUUGAUGGCGAGGCCAUCGAUCCAGUUACAGGAAACAUGUAUGAGUAUAACACCAAGUCCGGAGCCCGCAGGUGGAAGACGCCCCAGGAGAACGUCAAACUAUCCGAUAUAUCAACCAUUUCCGAUGCCAUGAUCCCUCAGCCGCCGUCCGCUCCUUUAAUGAUGGCCAUUGGAAAUAACUGAAGAAAUCACUCUAAUUAACCAGAAAUCAAUGAAAAUCAAAAUGAAUAGAUAUAAUUUU